AAUCGACAUUUGUGUCGGCGCUGGGCUGGCGAUAAGCCGUAGCGAUCGUUUUCAAGAUAGCGCGUGUUCAAUAAUCGAGUGUGUGUGUGUGUGUGUGUUUGUAUUAUUUACAACGAUGAAGAAAAAUCAAUGGAUCACGCCGUUCAAGAAACAGUGCUUUGUGACGGCCGGGGUGUGUCUCAACAUGGCCAGCCACGGACUGGUGAUGGGUUUCUCGGCCAUCUUAGUACCGCAACUCCAGCAGCCCGAUUCACCGAUACCCGUUGACUACUCCACAGGAUCGUGGAUCGCUUCGAUCCCCGGCUUCGCUUUGGUCGUCGGAAACUUCAUCGUCCCCACAAUCAUGGCUAAAUACGGACGACGAACAGCAAAUCUCAUCAGCAUAGCUCCCAUGAUCACCGGCUGGUUCAAUAUAUUGCUGGCAAGAAAUGUUUCUGCCUUACUCAUCGCAAGAUUCAAUCAAGGCAUAGCUAUGGGCAUGAGCGCUUCCCUGGGACCCGUCCUAAUCGGAGAAUACACCAGCCCCAAUAAUCGAGGUGCAUUCCUGACGAGUAUCUCAUUGACGAUCGCCACAGGAGUUCUGGCGGUCCACAGUAUGGGCUCGUAUUUGUCAUGGCAAACGACUGCCUUGGUUUGCGCAUUCAUUGCCUUUGUGGAUCUUCUGAUCGUGAUCUACUCACCGGAAUCGCCGAGUUGGUUGGCCGACCAAGGACGCUAUGACGAAUGCCGGAAAGUCUUCAGAUGGUUGAGAAGCGAAGAAGAGGAAGAGGAAUUGGAGAGAAUGAUAGAAGCGGCCAUAGUCGUGAGAGAGUCGAAAGCGGACGUCAAUCUUUCAGAAUCGUUCUUAAAUAAAGUCAAAAGAAACGUUUCACACUUCUGCUCAACGAUCAUGAAAAGAGAGUUUUACAGACCUAUUUUUAUCAUGAUGCACAUUUACACGUUAGGACAAUGGGCUGGAGCUAACAUCCUAGCUGCUUAUACUGUAGACAUAUUCACGGCUGUCAUAGGAGAAGACAUAAAUAUGCCUUUGUUAAUAAUAACGCUGGACGCCCAGAGAAUCGUUUCGAACGCCGCAGCCAUUUUUGUCAUUAAGAAAAUUAAGAGACGGACAAUGCUGUUUUCGACUGUUACCUUAAAUUUGUUCGCUUUUAUCUCCACCGCUGCUUAUACGUAUUGUAAAGGGCGCGGUUUGUUACCUUUCGACCAUCCCGUCAUAGGUAUAGCUCUGAUACACAUCCACAUGUUCACAAUAGCGACGGGCACAGUCCCAUUACCCUUCAUUAUAGCAGGAGAAUUGUUCCCUCUGGAGUUCAGGAGUCUAGCCGGUGGUAUAAGCGUACUGUUCUUAUCAACGAAUCUAUUUAUAGCCGUUAAAACGUUUUCACUAUUAUUAAAGUCCAUCGGUAUACACGGUGCGUAUCUGAUAUAUGCUGGCGUCGUAGCUUAUUGCUUGGUUAUAGCUGGCUUCUUCCUGCCAGAAACGAAAGACCGGACGCUACAAGAAAUAGAAGACGAAUUCCGAGGUAGACCGUUAACUGUUGAGGAGUUGAAAUCCACUCAGUCGUUGACCUCGUGGAAGCUAAGAAGCCAAGACAGACGUUGCAGCAGUCCUGUUGUAUAGUUGCCUAUAUAAGCGUUUGAGCUCAGAAAUCGUCUGAUCAUUAGUAAUGGCGAUAUCCAUAGCCUAUAUAUUCAAAUAUUGAUAGUAGGAUACGAAAUAAACAUAUUAAAUAUGCUAUAAAAUAUUAAAUCGUAUAUAGCCAAAACCGACAACUCAAGACAGAUCAGCCUGGCGCGGUAGAGUGAGGAGACCCGACCCCAGAUAACGGGAACAGGGUCGGAUAGUAGUAGUAGUAUAUAUCUAUAUUUCGUCCGUCAAGCAUCUAGUACGAAAUAGCACAGGGAAGGGACUAGAGCUUUCGUUUUCCCGCAAUUUCUGGGACUGCUGUGUUGUGACUGCGAACGUUGUUUUUUAAUUAAAUGUCACACUUGGAGACUAGCCAACAAAAAAACUUUCUAAUCGACAAUAUAAUUGCAUAAUCAAAAAACUAAAAGUAGGUAUAGCUUAUUUGAGUAAUUCUUUAUCCAUAAUAUGCAUUUAAUUAAUUUGGAAAAAAACGCUAAAAAAUCUCGGUCCUUAACCUGUUAAAUUAUUAUGGCAAUCACAAAGUACAAUGUACCUGUCGUUAGUUAGGAUGAAUAACUAUCAUUUUCGGCGAUAUGAAUUUUUAUAUAUAAAGGUAUAUAUUUAAAACCGAACUAAUAAUUUAAUAUUAAAACAAUAAUAAAAUAAGACAUAAACA